AUGGCAGCUGCAAGUUCAACGCAGCCAUCACUGUAUCAGCAUUAUUUCGUGGGACAUCUUUCGACUAAUUCAUCGAUUACUGUAAACAACAGAGCAGGCUUGGAUUCAGAAGCAAAAAGUGCUGCUUGGAGCAGUCCGGUCGCUGGACAACAGCUUGAUGAGGAUUCUGGAAUGAAUGUAAGAAAUGGAAGAACUGGAGGCAGUUCGUGGACAAACGAUCUGGUUGCGACAAGUUUCAUGCCAUCGUCAACGAAUGGUCAAAAUAGUUGUUCAGUUAGCAGUUACGGUGGAUGGAACAGUGAUUAUAUAUCCAAUUCUGACCGUUACACUUCCCAGAACAGCUCACAGCAAAUGAUUUCUGCAACGCCGAAAGGGCGAAAGUCGGAAUUGGCGACUGCAUCGCCUGUCGGAAAUUCAGAACUACAUCUCGCUAGUUUGAAAUAUACUGAUUCACAGGGUUCUUCCAGUUCACAAGCUUUACUUCAGUCGGAAUGUGAAUCUCAUCCUCGGCCCACAAGUAGUCGAAAGAGGCAUGCAGUUGUAGCCGGUGAAACGUUGUCUGCCGCUCAAUUUGGACCGCUGAAUUGUCGUGUUGAUAAUUCAUUGUUGGUUUUGACGAAAAAGUUCAUGCAAUUGCAACCUCAAGCGAAUGAAGACGGAUUAUUGAAUUUGAACGAAGCGGCUAUGCGAUUAGGCGUGCAAAAGCGACGUCUUUAUGAUAUAACAAAUGUACUGGAAGGAAUUGACAUGAUUGAAAAAAUGGGAAAGAACAGCAUACGGUGGAAGAGCAAUGAUGAAAUUGGUUCACGUGGAAUUGAAGCACAAAGGCUUAAAGAAGAGAUUAAAAGCUUAGAUAAACACGAGCAGUCACUGGAUGAAUUAAUUACAAGUAUUGAAAAUGCACUAAAAUUAGCCAAAGAAGAUCCAACAGAUCGAGUCUACAGUUAUGUGAAAUACGCAGAUCUUCGAAUGUUGCCAGGAAUGUCUGAUCAAACGUUAAUAGCAAUCAAAGCUCCUAAGGACUCAUACUCGUCCAUCGAUGUAACAGACCCAGUGGAAACAGGAAAAUUCGAAAUAAUGAUCAGGAACGCACAAAAGGAAUCGUUAGAGGCCUAUCUUUGUCCACAUGUUUCACCGAAGAAUCAGCAGAAAGAAGAAUCAUGCGAAGCUUUGGUGCAAAAAGACCGACUCAAUUGGUCUGAACAAGCAACGAAUGAUGUAUUUCAAGAAAUCAAUGGUGAUGCACAACAAGUGCCAAUUCCAGGGCCCAAUAACGACAGUAAUGUGAAUAUUUUACCCCUUAAUUCAUUGAGUACUUUCUACGCUCCACCAAACUUACAUACCUCUCCACUAAAAAUGGUCGUUGAAGGUCCUUCACAACAAGCAAUUUCGAGUUCAAAUACGGAGGAUACGGCAACAAAUUCAUAUGGUUUGCUAAGCUUGGAUCCAGUGGAUGAAAGUGAACCGUAUAUGUAUAGUAUUAGAGAGCAGGAAUCAAUUCAAACUUUAUACGACUGGCCGUAA